AUGUACGACAAUUAUCGUCCCCACGCUUUCCUGGCCCAGGUGCCGCUCACUGUCUCACCGUUUAUCCACCUCCCUGCCUCCGUCACAUUACCCUACACUUACAAAUCGGUUCCCUCGACGCUCCCUCCUUCCGUGACAGUCGAUCCAACAAACCCGGAUGCCAAGGCCCGAUACGUCGUCUCCUCCAGCGGCGAGCACGUUGCGCACCCUGAUGAGAUCCUCAGCUCAUGCCAAACCCUCGAGCAGCACCUAAAGAGGUCUCGAGCGGACGCCGAGAACGCCAUCAAAGCAUGGGAAGAAUCAAUUCAGCAACGCGAGCUAGCGGAAAAACGGCGAGUAGCGCCCGGCUGGCUAGACCGCGACGAGAAGCUCUUACAGCCUAGGCGGGCCACCGCAUCUCCUGAAACCAAAGCCGCGGAAAGCAGCCUGCUAGAUAGCUCAUCCGCCGAUCAGAGCGCGUCGAGUAUGCCGCCGAUGAUACCCCGAAAUGAAGGCGAGGAGCUGGACCGCGCCUUUGGGGGUCUCGCUCUGAAAGAAGCCUAA